AUGGACGACUUUCACCUGUCGCAAGAUUUUGAAUGGAUGCUCAACCAGUCAGAAACUUUGAAACGCAAAUGGCCCUUUGAAGCAGAUGAUUCCUCAGAUUCUCCAUCAACCUCCACUCCAAAGGAAGUCUUAGAAGAAGAAGUUUGUUUUGGAACGCUUGUCAGAAUCAAAGCUCAACUAUACGGCUCUGGUCUCGAUCAAUUGUCGCUUGGAUCCACUGUGUCGCAAUCGCUCACAGUACUUCGGGAAGGGAAGUUCUUCUCACUUCAACACAACGGGGAGAGUUUCGCACGCCUGAACAAAUUGAUCAGUGGCAAUUUGAAUGAACUCCUUCAAUCAUGUCCCUCCGUGCGACUUCAGGCCUACUUGUCACGGAAAGAUCUGGAGAUUGGUUCUCAAUCUUGGCGUCCGGGAAACGCAGUAACCGUUGAAGUCAACGUGUACGGACCGGAGGCCGAGUCUGGAAAAGCAGGCAAAAAAUUGAGCAUAUCAGGGAACUAUCUACAACACCCUCGAUUUGGAGCUGGGGGGAUGAGAUAUAUCAACCCUCAUAUUCUUCGGAUGCCAGGAUAUGCAACUGAGUAUGAUAGUUUGGCUCUUGACUCUGACAGCGGAGAAGAUCAGGCUUCAGAACUGCCUGACGAGGAACCUGAUACUCAAGACGAUCCGAUGAAUUUGGAACAUUUUCUUGAUUCUCAAUUGCAGCAUGUCUUGACAACCAACAUAUCCAUCGAUCGUCGGAUCAAGAGCAAACUUUUAGACCACCAGAAAGAAGCGAUUGAUUUCAUAUCCCAGCGCGAGAAAGGCGGAACUGAAUUAGAAGGACUUUGGACAUACAAUAACACAGAUGAGGAUGAACCAUUUUAUCAGCAUGUUCUGAAUGGAGAAAGACGACGAGAACCGGAACAUGCCAAAGGUGGAAUUGUGGCCGACGAGAUGGGCCUUGGGAAGUCUUUGGUAAUCCUAUCGGUAAUCGCUGGAUCUCUAGACGAGGCCCGACGGUUUGGCGCUCAGAGAUUUCAAUUGACCCAAUCGCAAACCCGGACUCCGUCGCAAGCAACGCUUAUAAUUGUACCGUCAACUAUUUUGAUCGGUAACUGGAUCAAUGAAAUUCAAAAACACAUUUUCUCCGCAACUCUGUCAUCUCAUCAACAUAUCGGGUCGGAGCGGUAUAUCGAAAGAGACUUACUUCAAAAAAGGGACAUCAUCUUCUCGACGUAUGCUACCCUAGCAGCCGAGACCUGUCGUGGAGAGGGCAUUCUUUCGAAGAUCGAAUGGUUCCGAAUCGUUCUAGAUGAGGCACACUAUGUAAGAAACCGAUCCACAAAGCAAUUUCAAGCAGUCAUGAGUCUGUCCGCCCAGUAUUACUGGUGCCUUACUGGUACUCCAAUCCAGAACAAUAUCGAAGAUCUCGGCGCUUUAGUAGCCUUUGCAAGGGUGCCGAUCCUCAAACGCCCAUCUGCAUUUCGGAAAUUGAUCUCCUCGCCAAUAUCCUUGAACGUCAAAAAUCGAUUUAAUAAUCUCCAAAUUCUUCUUCGCUCAAUAUGCAUCCGGAGAACACGCGAGCUUUUGAAUAUUCCCGAGCCUAUUGAGAUCCGAAGAACACUUACCAUGUCACCAGCGGAGCUUGAGGAAUACCGUGAGCUUUUUCAACAGUGCAAAACUCGAAUUGAGAUGGUUGUCGCUGGGCGCCGAAAGGGAAGAUUUAACUCGACCAUUUUGGAGCUAUUCCUCGCUCUUCGCUUGUAUUGCAACAAUGGAAAAGCAGUCGAAGGAGCACCCACCGAUAUGGAUGAAGCUCUUUCUUUACUUCAGCUCCUCGAUGAAGAUCAUUGUGUAUACUGUGGAUGUACGGUCCUUCAAUUGAGCGAAGCUCCAGAGUCAGAUGGAGGAAUCAUGGUUCCUACUUGUCAACAUAUUGUGUGCCACGGCUGCAUACCCCAGCAUCUCAUGGAUCAUAAGAAAUGCCCCUCCUGUACUCCCAGUGCCAUGGAAUCCCAACCAACAAACGCAACCACAAAUCAAUUGAUAGCACAUACAGCGCCUAUUCAUCGUGGCUUCACCCAAUACACGACAAAAUUACGUGCUCUUUUGUCCGAUAUAAUGCAAAAUCCAUCUCAAAAAUGCAUUGUUUUUUCAAGCUGGAAGAAAAGCCUCACCCUCAUUGCCGAAAUGCUCGCAAGCCGGGGAAUCGCAUACAGCAUGAUUGAUGGGUCAUUGCCAUUGUCUCGGCGAAUAGCAGAGUUGAAGAAUUACGAGAAACCACAUAUCAAUGUUCUUCUUAUGACCCUGGGGACGGGCGCUGUUGGCCUGAAUAUAACAUCGUCAUCCUGCAUUUAUCUCCUCGAGCCACAGUGGAACCCGUCCAUUGAAGACCAAGCAAUAGGAAGAGCGCUUCGACUAGGCCAGCUUUCUCGGGUGACAAUCGUUCGAUAUAUACUGACAAACACAGUGGAAGAGACCCAUGUCGUUCCACGUCAACGCAAAAAGCUGCAAACAGCAGGUGGCGGAUUCCAAAAGGAGAAUAAUCGAGACGCUGACAGACUUCAGUCCUUGCAGGAUCUGUUUGGUGUUGAUCCGACGACGCAGGAGCAGACUAUCCUCAACUAA